AUGGAAACGCAAGGGACCGGGCAGGAGUACGUUGUCAUUCUUGACGCCGGCUCGCAGUAUGGCAAAGUGAUUGACAGGAAGAUUCGCGAACUGAAGGUGGAGUCGCGUGUGAUGCCGCUCAACACCCCAACCGAGACUCUCCGCAGCGACCGCCUAAUCAAAGGCAUCAUUAUCAGCGGCGGUCCGAGCUCCAUCUACGACAAGGAUGCUCCGGCGUUCAACUCCGACCUCUUUGAGGUGGGUAAACCGCUGCUUGGCAUCUGCUACGGAAUGCAGCUUCUCACGCGGGCCUUUGGAGGGAGCGUCGGCCAAACGGACGUGCGAGAGGACGGCCAAGACGAAAUAUGGGUUGACUCAACCUCACAGCUCUUCGAAGGGCUUUCUUCCAAGGAAAAGGUUCUACUCACGCAUGGAGACUCUAUUACGGAGUCUGGGCCAGAGCUUAAGGUUAUAGCACGCAGUAGUGCCAACAUUAUUGCCGCCGUUGGGCAUCACCAGCUUCCUUUGUUCGGUGUGCAGUUUCAUCCAGAGGUGGAGCUUACGGAGCAUGGAAUGCAUAUCUUCAAGAAUUUCUUGACUCUCUGUGGCUGCCACUUUACCUUUACGAUGGAAGACCGGGAACUGGUUGCACUUCGCAUGAUUCGUGAACGUACGGCUCAAGGACAAAAAGUACUCUGUCUUGCCUCUGGUGGGGUUGACAGUACCGUGUGUGCGGUGCUGCUGCUCAAGGCUCUCGGGCGCGAGCGGGUGGUGUGUGUGCACAUUGAUCAUGGAUUUAUGCGUCUCAGGGAGAGCGAUGAAGUGGUGGCCGCUUUAGAGGCAGCUGGGGUUUCGGUGCUCCUCGUUAAUGCCUCUGAACAAUUUGCUCAAGCGACGACGGAAAUGCCCGCCAGGCGCACACGUGCACCAUAUACGACAGGGAAACUCUCUGAGGUGAUAGACCCGGAAGAGAAGCGUGUGAUUAUUGGCGAUACCUUUAUGUCCGUGUGCGAUGCUGUUGUUAAGGAUCUUCAGCUGGAUGUGAAUAACCUGCUUCUUGCCCAAGGCACUUUGCGCCCAGACCUCAUCGAGUCAGGGUCCCCGUAUGCCAGUCGUACCGCGGAUGCCAUUAAAACGCACCACAAUGAUACCGCCGUUGUUCGCCAGCUGCGUGAGUCUGGUCGAAUUAUAGAGCCUCUUUGCGACUACCACAAGGAUGAGGUACGGGAGUUGGGUGUGCGGCUUGGUAUCCCGUCACACUUGGUGCAACGGCAGCCGUUCCCUGGGCCUGGGCUGGCCAUCCGCACCCUCUGCAGCGACGGCACACCCUACAAGGACGAGUUUUAUGCGUCAACAGUUCAAGUUGUGCGGGCCAUCUGCCAGGGAGAGACAAGCAUUGAACUGGUAAAGCCGCUGGGUGAGGCCCUCAAGGAGCUCCAGCCAGCCUCUUGUGUUCUGCCCCUGCGCACGGUUGGUGUUCAGGGCGACGGCAGAACCUACGCCUAUGCGGUGGCUAUUUCCACCGGUCGCUUUCCAGCGGAGGCGGAGUGGCGGACGCUCAGUCGCUUGGCGCUUGUCAUCCCAAAGGUUGCACGGCACGUUAAUCGUGUAGUGUUUAUGUUUGGGCCGAAGCGGGAGGCUGCUCCGGAGUGUGUCACGAAAACGACAUUGACUCCCGCCAGUCUCGACAAACUACGUAUUGCAGACGACGUUGUAAACUCCACCUUGCUCAAGCACGAUCUUGUGCGCCGGCUUAGCCAAGUCCCCGUUGUCCUCGUACCGCUUGGCUUUGAGGAAAAGGGGCAAUACAGCAUUGUGGUCCGUACGUUUAUUACAAACGAUUUCAUGACGGGGGUUCCAGCGCUUCCUGGAACCCCGCUGAUGCCGCUGGCCGCCUUGGAGGAGGUGGUGAAUGCGUUGCAGCAACUCGAGUUUGUGUCACGCGUCUUGUAUGACCUCACGGCGAAGCCACCUGGAACGACGGAAUGGGAAUGA